ACGCUCUUCACCAAAACAUCAACCACCAUGCCUCUUCCCACUGGUGUAUACCGCGCCGACCACGUCGGCUCCUUCCUCCGCCCCAAGGCCGUCCUCGAGGCUCGCGCAAAGGUCGCCAAAGGCGAAAUCACGGCUGAGGACCUUCGCAAGGUUGAAGACGAGCACAUUGCCCAGGUUGCAAAGCAGCAAAUAGACAACGGCCUGCUUUCCGUAACCGACGGCGAGUUCCGCCGCGCUUACUUCCACCUCGACUUCCUCAAGAACGUCGCUGGUAUCGAGGAGAAGGGUCAGGUUGGAAACAUCAGGCACAAGGACGGUUUCUCCCCGCCAACCCUCGUCGUGACUGGCAAGCUCGGCCACCCCAAACCUAUCCAGGUCGAGGACUUUCAGUUCCUUGAGCAGGCCAUCAAGAACAAUGGCAGCAAGGCCACAACAAAGGUCUGCAUUCCUUCGCCCACAAUGGUGCACUUCCGUGGUGGCCGUGCCUCCAUCGACAUCUCCGCCUACCCCGACCUCGACGUCUUCUUUGACGACCUCGCACGCGUCUACCAGGAGGAGCUCGACUCCCUCUACAAGGCCGGCUGCCGCUUUGUCCAGCUCGACGACACAAACCUUGCCUACCUGUGCGACCCAGACAUGCGCAAGGCUGCCGAAACCGAGCGCAACGAGGACCUCAGCACCCUGCCACGCAAGUACGCCGAGCUCAUCAACAAGGCCAUUGAGAAGAGGCCCGCCGACAUGAAGAUUGGCAUCCAUCUCUGCCGUGGUAACUACCGCUCCAAGUGGUUCGCCUCAGGCGGCUACGAGCCCGUUGCCGAAGUCCUCUUCAAAGAACUCAACGUUGACGCCUACUUCCUCGAGUACGACGACGCGCGCUCAGGCGACUUUAGCCCCCUGCGCCACCUCCCUGAGCACAAGGUCGUUGUCCUCGGCGUCAUGUCGAGCAAGAAGAACACACUAGACGACAAGGACGAGAUCAUCAAGAGGUUACACGAGGCAGCCAAGAUUACGCCAAAGGGUCUUGACCAGCUGUGUGUAAGCCACCAGUGUGGAUUUAGUUCGACUGCUGAGGGCAACGAGUUGACGGAGGAGGAGCAAUGGGCCAAGGUUAGACUUAAUGUUGAGAUUGCGAAGAGCGUUUGGGGUGACGACAUCACCAAAUAAAUACUUGGACCCGGAGAAUCUACCUAAGACCCAUGGGCGGCGAAGUGGGAAAAGGCGUUUACCAACGUUUCAUUUUUGGGAGAGAAGAUUUAUGUAUGGCAUGCAUGGGUGGAGGAUGAAAGAGCAAGAGACAUCCCCAGGUGCAGUAUCGGGGACGGGCAGCAUGAACGAGAGAGGUGUUUGUUUGAAGCGACGAUUAAUGAUGAAGAUGAUGACCAUGAUGACCCUGAUAGCAUGCCGAUCAAUUUUGGUCUAGAACAUCCCCUUCUCUGUUCUUAUUUUGGGGUGGAGAGAACAUUGCCUCUUCAACGAGGUCAGGGUCCGGCAUCACCGAGUUCUUGGAUGUAUACAUAUUUGUAGAAAUAAGUAAAAAAAAGUGGUUCAACCCCUUCG